AUGGGUAGCGGCGGAGUUACGCGGAGGGCUCUAUUCUCCGCCAUGUUCCUGGCUCUGGCAUUGUACUGUGGGCUCGACCCUUUGAAGCAGGGCCCCAUGGUGGAGUUUCCUGGAUUCGAGACCUACAAGGUGGAUCUCUGUCCCUGGGAGGAUCUCCCACCAGAGCGCGACGUGGAGGACCGGUUGGAGAAGGCGGAGAUCAGGUUCAAGGGGCAAGUGCAGGGCCCUGAGAGCAUCGCCUUCGACCCUCAAGGAAGAGGCCCCUACACAGGCGUCGCCGACGGGAGGGUCGUCUUCUGGGACGGCAAAAGCUGGUCGGGCUUCGCUUACACGUCCCCCAACCGGUAAGCACAGACAACUGCUCCACUCCAAUUCUCCGUUCGUCUUCUUCCUCAUCCCUCUCUGAUUACGGCUCUUCUUCAUUGGGUUCUCACGAUCUUCUCCUCCAUAGCCCCCUCUCGACUGCAUGUAUGUGUCUGUAUGUAUGUAUGUCUUCGCCGAAUGCGAAUAGGAGGAAGAAACGGGGCUCGGUGGAAUAGUGUUGAUCUCGUGUCUUCUCAAUUGAUCUGGUAGUGAGCUGGAGGUUUUUCUGGCGAGAUUAGCAGUCAUUGGUGUUUAUGGAUCUGAUCCUUUGGCUGUCCCUUUCCAGCGGGAGAACCCUCAUUGAAUGGGCAUGUUCUAUGGCACCGAAUUCACGAGAUCGUUCCCUCUGGAUCCCGUUUUCCCCAUUUCUUUGCAUUUCUUUACAGAAACUCAUUGAAUGAGUGCCCAAUGAUGUCUCCCAAACUCGUGGGUUUCGCCGAUGGGUUUUUAAUGCCUCCGCUAAAGCAUACGGUCGCCUGAAACCUGUCACUUCCAUGCCCACCGGCCUCAUUGAUAUCAUAUAGUGCCAUGCUCUCUCUCUCUCUCUCCCUCUAAUGAAGCCUCAGUUAACAUCUCUCUCUCUCUCUCUAAUGAAGCCUCAGUUUUUAACAUGGAUCACACCAUCCAUCUCCUCUCGCUAAUGAGUGUCAGGUCGGAGAUCUGCGACCCGAAGCCCUCGAUCUUCGAAUAUCUGAAGCACGAGCACGUCUGCGGCCGGCCACUGGGGCUUCGGUUUCACAAGAAGACGGGAGAGCUGUACAUCGCCGACGCCUAUCUCGGGCUGCUGAAGGUCGGAACCGAAGGGGGUCUGGCCACGCCACUGGCCACCGAGGCUGAGGGCAUGCCCUUUAAGUUCACGAACGACCUGGACGUUGACGGAGAAGGGAACGUUUACUUCACGGACACCAGCACCAACUAUGAGAGGAGGUUGGUGCACAUUCAAUGCAAAUGCUAUGCAAUGGCAAUGUUUUUCCUCCCCGACGAGAAAGAUCGAAUCUUUAUUUCCUUCGACCGGAAAGAUGAACUCUGUGUGCAUGAACAGGCAUUUUCUGCAGCUGACCACGGCUUCGGAGCCCACCGGCAGGCUCCUCAAGUAUGACCCGCGCAAGAAGGAGGCCUCCGUCCUCGUCAGGGACCUCCAGUUCCCCAACGGCGUCUCGCUGAGCAAGGAUGAGUCUUUCGUCGCCUUCUGCGAAGGCUCUCUAGGCAGGUCAUCCUCUUUGUCUGAAUACCUGAGUCUAUUGCCCGAGUGAGCAUCUCCUGUUCCAUCUAUCCUCCACUGACUGUGAGAAAGCAAAACAAAAACAAAGCAGGUUGAGCAGGCACUGGCUGAAGGGGGAGAAGGCAGGGAAGACGGAGGUGAUAGGCAUUCUUCCGGGAUUCCCGGACAACGUGAGGACGAACGAGGACGGAGACUUUUGGGUGGCCAUCCACGCGCGGCGGGGCCUCUACGGCCAUAUCUUGGGCCUGCACCCUCGCCUGAGGAAGUUCUUGAUGAAGCUGCCCAUCCCGGCCAAGUACCACUACCUGCUCAGCAUUGGCGGCAGGCUCCACGCCAUGGCCAUCAAGUACAGCCCCGAGGGGAAAGUCCUGCAGGUGCUGGAGGAUCGGAAAGGGAAGGUCGUCAAGAUUAUCAGCGAGGUGGAGGAGAAGGACGGCAAGCUGUGGAUUGGUUCCGUUAUCAUGCCCUUCAUCGCCGUCUACGAUCUCAACCUCUCGAGUUAA